AUGACAAGAUGGCUUUUGGUUCUAGCAGAAUAUGACAUCACUUGUGUUACUCCCAAGGCUAUUAAGAUCCAAGCACUUGCAGACUUACUGGCCCAAUUCCCAUCUGGUGGACAUGAACCUGUAGAGGUACCUCUACCAGGUGAGGUCCAUGUCUUAGCAGCUGUAGUUGAAACUUAUUGGGACUUAAAAAUUGAUGGAGCUUCUGGAGCUGGGAAAGGUGGAGCUGGCAUAACACUAACCAGUCAAGAAGGAGAGAAGUUUCAUCUAUCAUAUAAGCUUGACUUUGAAUGUUCAAACAACGAGGCUGAAUAUGAGGCGUUGAUAUUGGGUCUAAUUGCUACCCAAAAGAAGGGCCUCCGCAAGUUGAAAAUUUGGGGCGACUCCAAGCUAGUUGUCAAGAAAACAAUGGGUGAUUUCAUCUUGAAGGAGCCUCUGUUAGCCCCAUAUAGCAUCGUAGUUCAAAGGUUUCUCACUCAGUUUGAUGAUGUCCAAACCCAGCAUACCCCUCGAACAUACAGCCGUUUCCCCAAUGCCUUGGCUACAUUGGGGACAAAGGUGGAUGUACUAGAUGAUAUUAUAGCCAUCAUCAUCGAGAAAAGAACAACACCAAUAGUGUUUGCCGAAGAACAUACAGAGCAAGUUGCUGAGUGGUGGAAAGCAUAUAUAAUCCUGUAG